AUGCUUGCCUUUAUUCUACUCUCAACAGUGCCGUCUACUAUGACCACUGCAACAACAAUCCUAACAACUAGCACCACUGCAACAAUAGCUACAACAACAGCCCUAACAACUAGCACUACUGCAACAACAACCAUAACAACUAGCACUACUGCAACAACAACCAUAACAACUAGCACUACUAGAACAACAGCCCUAACAACUAGCACUACUGCGGCAACAACUACAACAACAAUCACAGGUAACAUCUUUUACGGAGAAAUAUACUCAAAUGCUUCACACGAGUUUAUCUAA